AUGUCCUCUCUGCUUUUUGCAGCUCUUUUGGCAAUUGCCACUGCUCAGCCAGGACCUAAAAUGGUUGAUGAAACAACUCGCUGGAGCCAGUGCAAGGACACCAACCAAUCGAUUUAUGACUUCCAGGUGGAAACCCUUCAAGGAGAAUACACCGAUUUGAGUCAAUACCGUGGCCAAGUUCUUCUCGUCGUCAACGUCGCAACCUUCUGCGCCUACACUCAACAGUAUACCGACUUCAACCCUCUUAUCGAGAAGUAUCAAUCGCAGGGAUUCACCCUUCUCGCAUUCCCAUGCAACCAAUUCUACUUGCAGGAGCCUGCUGAGAACCAUGAGCUUAUGAACGGAAUCAUGUAUGUUCGCCCAGGAAAUGGAUGGAAGCCACACCAGAACUUGCACAUUUACGGAAAACUCGAAGUCAAUGGAGAGAACCAUCAUCCACUUUACGAGUUCAUCAAGGAAUCCUGCCCACAGACCGUUGACCGAAUCGGAAAGACUGACGAGCUCAUGUACAAUCCAGUUCGCGCUUCCGACAUCACCUGGAACUUUGAGAAGUUCCUUAUCGAUAGAAAUGGGCAGCCAAGAUUCCGUUUCCAUCCAACCGCUUGGAGCCAUGGAGAGGUCGUCACCCCAUUCAUUGAGCAACUUCUCGCCGAGCCAGCCAACUAA